AUGGAUGAUGAACAUGAUGAACCGACUGGUCGAGGACAAGCGCACCAGCGGAUUGACAUGCUGUUGGAGAUUACCAAACAAGUCGAAGGACGUACCAUUUGCGCUCUAGGCGACGCACCAUGGCCAAUCCAGGGUCUGAUGCGCCAUUUCCGACCAGAAGUCGAGGCGCGGAUUGCCGAGUUUAGAAAGUUGAAUGGACCGGUGAUGUUUGGAGGCAAGAUGCUCAAGGAUAUCGACGACCGAACGCUGGCUCUGCCAGACAAUUUGGGUGGCAACUUGGUGGAAGAUGGAGAUCGAUACCUGAAAGCACCAACACCACCACCAGCAUAG